AAUCUGAAACAGCACGUUGAUUGUAUUGGUCAGGUCAGCCGCGGAAGAAAGAAAAGUGAAAAUUGAGGAAGCGAAGCGAACCAAACCAAACCACCUUUUAGCUUUUGAUUGCUUCUGUUUGUGAGAGUGUGAGUGAGCAUUUCACGCAGCACAUGUAAUAAUAACGUGACGCCAUUUUCGCUCUCCUCACGCCCAUCAGUGUGCAUGUGAAUCUCUCUCUCUCUGUUUUUGUAGCUUACCUUACUCACUGGCACUAGCUUGCAAACACUCUAUAACUGCAAAUAUACGCAUUCGGUUGCACAAUUUCGAGGCGAAGAAGAUCUAGUUUCGCCGAUCCAAUCCCAAAAUGAAGUCUAACAAAACCGUAAAUCCUCUCAUCACCUUCGAACACAAGAGGGAUGCCUAUGGGUUUACUGUGCGGCCUCAGCACCUGCAAAGAUACCGUGAAUAUGCUAACAUUUACAAGGAGGAAGAGGAGGAAAGGUCAGAUAGGUGGAACUCAUUUCUUGAUAGACAGGCUGAGUCUUCUGAAUUGGCCACAGACGGAUUAGUUGUGGGGGAGGGUGAGAAGGUUUUGGGUGAUGAAGCUGCAGGGCAAGAAGCUGAUACUAGCUCGGAGAAGGGUGUUGAUGGACAUGAAGCAAGCAACCAGGUGCCUGGUGGUUCUGACAGUGCAGCAGAAAAUGGUAGUCAAAAGGAGGAGGUGCCACCAGCUGAGGAGACAAAAGUUCACAGAGUCCAGUUAUGGACAGAUAUAAGAUCAUCUCUUCGAACUAUUGAGGAUAUGAUGAGUGUUCGUGUAAAGAAGAAAACUGGGUCAGUAAAAGAUGAACAGAUUAUUGAAGCUGCAAAAUCACCAUCACAUUCUGAUGAUGUGAAAUCACCAAAAGGAGCAGCAUUUGAGGAAGACUCAGAGGAGGAGUUCUAUGAUGUUGAGAGGUCAGAUCCUAGUCCGGAUAUGCCUGUUGUUGAUGGCACAAAUGCCUCAGCAAAUGGUAUUACUGCUGAUGCUGCACCACCAGAGGCUUCAUUUCCUUGGAAAGAAGAGUUGGAAGUUCUGGUUCGUGGUGGAGUACCAAUGGCAUUGAGGGGAGAGCUUUGGCAAGCUUUUGUUGGUGUAAAAGCAAGGCGGGUGGAGAAGUAUUAUCAGGAUCUGCUAGCCUCAGAAAGUGAUUCUGAAAUUAAAACUGAUCAGCAAAGCAUGGAGUCAACUGACAGUAAUGGGAAAACAGGUGCAGAUUUUGGAUGUAUGCCAGAAAAAUGGAAAGGAGUCAAAGGACAGAUUGAGAAGGAUCUGCCUCGAACAUUUCCUGGUCAUCCUGCUCUGGACGAGGAUGGUAGAAAUGCUUUGAGACGAUUACUUACUGCAUAUGCUCGACAUAACCCCUCAGUUGGUUACUGCCAGGCCAUGAAUUUUUUUGCUGGCUUAUUGCUACUUUUGAUGCCUGAAGAAAAUGCCUUUUGGACCUUAAUGGGCAUUUUAGAUGAUUAUUUUGAUGGCUAUUAUUCAGAGGAAAUGAUAGAGUCUCAGGUGGAUCAACUUGUUUUUGAGGAGUUGGUGAGGGAGAGGUUUCCCAAAUUGGCCAAUCAUCUGGAUUAUCUGGGAGUGCAGGUGGCAUGGGUUACUGGACCAUGGUUCCUGUCCAUUUUUGUGAACAUGCUUCCUUGGGAAAGUGUUCUUCGAGUGUGGGAUGUGCUUCUUUUUGAAGGAAACCGAGUCAUGCUCUUUAGAACUGCAGUUGCUUUAAUGGAGCUAUAUGGUCCUGCGUUGGUAACAACAAAGGAUGCUGGAGAUGCAGUUACUUUACUUCAGUCGUUGGCUGGCUCCACAUUUGAUAGCAGUCAGCUUGUACUGACAGCUUGCAUGGGUUACCAAAAUAUAAAUGAAACUCGUUUGCAGCAGUUGAGGAAUAAACAUCGGCCAGCUGUAAUAGCUUCCAUUGAAGAAAGAUCAAAAGGGCUUAAAGCUUGGAAGGAUUCUCAGGGACUAGCAUCAAAGCUAGCUGAUAUGCAAGUGCUUGGCAAUUUAUCUCGUACAGAAUCUGGUUCCACUAAUGCAGAUGAAAUUCUGAUUAGUCUGACUGGAGAGGGUGAGAUAGAUGCUGUUCCAGAUCUUCAAGAGCAGGUUGUCUGUUUGAAGGUUGAACUUUGUAGACUACUAGAGGAGAAAAGAUCAGCCAUUCUUAGAGCGGAGGAGCUGGAAACAGCAUUAAUGGAAAUGGUCAAGCAGGAUAAUAGGCGGCAACUGAGUGCCAAGGUAGAGCAACUAGAUGAAGAGGUUGCUCAGCUUCGACAGGCACUUGCUGAUAAACAAGAACAAGAAACUGCUAUGCUUCAGGUCUUGAUGCGGGUGGAGCAAGAGCAAAAGGUGACUGAGGAUGCUCGUAGGUUUGCUGAGCAAGAUGCAGCCGCACAAAGAUAUGCUGCGCAAGUCCUUCAGGAAAAGUAUGAAGAAGCAACUGCUGCACUUGCUGAAAUGGAGAAGAGGGCAGUUAUGGCAGAAUCUAUGCUGGAGGCUACAUUGCAGUACCAAUCUGGCCAAGUUAAAGUGCUACAAUCUCCACGAUCUUCACAGUCAGAUUCUCCGGUAUCGAGAAACAAUCAAGAGCCGGAUAUCCCUGCUAGGAGGAUAAGUUUGCUUUCUCGUCCAUUUGGACUUGGAUGGCGAGAUCGAAACAAGGGGAAACCCACUAAUGAAGAGCCAGCUGAGGGAAAUCCCAGCGUUGAGGAACAAAAUACGAUCAGUGAACAAGACGUCAAUGGCCUUAAAGUACAGGAUGAGAGUAGAAAAGAAGUCAGUGCCUAGAUUUUCUUUAUAUCCUACUCAAGACAAUUUGACGAGCAAGAAGUUAGUUUCUUCUUCCUUGUCUGUAAUUUUUGUUUAGGGUGAACAUAUAAUUUCAUAUUCAUUAAUUGUUUGUUCUUUAUUAUGUAAUAGAAUAAUAGUAAUUGGAAAGUAAGUGAACGGUCGAGGUCAACUGUAAUACAUCUCUCGUUUAUUUAUAGUAGAAACUUUCUUGUGUGCGUGCGUGUGGAGGAACCUUGUGGAUUCUAUGGUUUUAGAAUAAACUUUAAGAUGGUGAC